UGGCUACCCCCUCGCGGUGACCGUGGUGAUGCCAUGCCCCGCCACCACGCGGGAGGAGAGGAGGGCGGCGCCGCUGGGCUCUGGGUGAAGAGCGGCGCGGCGGCGGCGGGCGGGGGGCGCCUGGGCAGCGGCAUGAAGGAUGUGGAGUCGGGCCGGGGCAGGGUGCUGCUGAACUCGGCGGCCGCCAGGGGCGACGGCCUGCUGCUGCUGGGCACCCGCGCGGCCGCACUCGGCGGCGGCAGCGGCGGCCUGAGAGAGAGCCGCCGGGGCAAGCAAGGGGCCCGGAUGAGCCUGCUGGGGAAACCGCUCUCGUACACCAGUAGCCAGAGCUGCCGGCGCAACGUCAAGUACCGGCGGGUGCAGAACUAUCUGUACAACGUGCUGGAGAGACCCCGAGGCUGGGCGUUCAUCUACCACGCGUUCGUUUUCCUCCUUGUCUUUGGUUGCUUGAUUUUGUCAGUGUUUUCUACCAUCCCUGAGCACACAAAAUUGGCCUCAAGUUGCCUCUUGAUUCUGGAGUUUGUGAUGAUUGUCGUCUUUGGUUUGGAGUUCAUCAUUCGAAUCUGGUCUGCGGGUUGCUGUUGUCGGUAUAGAGGAUGGCAAGGAAGAUUGAGGUUUGCCCGAAAGCCUUUCUGUGUUAUAGACACCAUUGUUCUUAUCGCUUCAAUAGCAGUUGUUUCUGCAAAAACUCAGGGUAAUAUUUUUGCCACGUCUGCACUCAGAAGUCUCCGUUUCCUGCAGAUUCUCCGUAUGGUGCGCAUGGACCGAAGGGGAGGCACUUGGAAAUUACUAGGUUCAGUGGUUUAUGCACACAGCAAGGAAUUAAUCACAGCUUGGUACAUCGGAUUUUUGGUUCUUAUUUUUUCAUCUUUCCUUGUCUAUCUGGUGGAAAAGGAUGCCAAUAAAGAGUUUUCUACAUAUGCAGAUGCUCUCUGGUGGGGCACAAUUACAUUGACAACGAUUGGCUAUGGAGACAAAACUCCCCUCACUUGGCUGGGAAGAUUGCUUUCUGCAGGUUUUGCACUCCUUGGCAUUUCUUUCUUUGCACUUCCUGCCGGCAUUCUUGGCUCAGGUUUUGCAUUAAAAGUACAAGAACAGCACCGCCAGAAACAUUUUGAGAAAAGAAGGAACCCAGCUGCCAACCUCAUUCAGUGCGUUUGGCGUAGUUACGCAGCUGAUGAGAAAUCUGUUUCCAUUGCGACCUGGAAGCCGCACUUGAAAGCCUUGCACACCUGCAGCCCUACCAAUCAGAAGCUAAGUUUUAAGGAGCGAGUGCGCAUGGCUAGCCCGAGGGGCCAGAGUAUUAAGAGCAGACAAGCCUCGGUAGGUGACAGGAGGUCCCCGAGCACCGACAUCACAGCCGAGGGCAGCCCCACCAAAGUACAGAAGAGCUGGAGCUUCAACGACCGAACCCGCUUCCGCCCCUCGCUGCGCCUCAAAAGUUCUCAGCCAAAACCAGUGAUAGAUGCUGACACAGCUCUUGGCACUGAUGAUGUAUAUGAUGAGAAAGGAUGCCAGUGUGAUGUAUCAGUAGAAGACCUCACUCCACCACUUAAAACUGUUAUUCGAGCCAUCAGAAUUAUGAAAUUUCAUGUUGCAAAACGGAAGUUUAAGGAAACAUUACGCCCAUAUGAUGUUAAAGAUGUCAUUGAACAAUAUUCUGCUGGCCAUCUGGACAUGUUGUGUAGAAUUAAAAGCCUUCAAACACGUGUCGACCAAAUUCUUGGAAAAGGGCAAAUCACAUCAGACAAGAAGAACCGAGAGAAAAUAAUGGCAGAACAUGAGACUACUGAUGACCUCAGUAUGCUUGGCCGGGUAGUCAAGGUUGAAAAACAGGUACAGUCCAUUGAGUCCAAACUGGACUGCCUACUAGACAUAUAUCAACAGGUCCUCCGGAAAGGCUCCACCUCAGCCCUCACUUUGGCUUCAUUCCAGAUCCCGCCUUUUGAAUGUGAACAGACAUCUGACUAUCAAAGCCCUGUGGAUAGCAAAGACCUAUCCACUUCCACACAAAACAGUGGCUGUUUAUCUAGAUCAGCUAGUGCCAACAUCUCACGGGGCCUGCAGUUCAUUCUGACGCCAAAUGAGUUCAGCACUCAGACUUUCUAUGCGCUUAGCCCUACUAUGCACAGUCAAGCAACACAGGUGCCAAUGAGUCAAAGUGAUGGCUCCGCAAUGGCGGCCACCAACAACAUUGCAAACCAAAUAAACACGGCACCCAAGCCAGCAGCCCCAACAACUUUACAGAUCCCGCCUCCUCUCCCAGCCAUCAAGCAUCUGCCCAGGCCAGAACCCCUGCACUCAAACCCCACAGGCUUACAGGAAAGCAUUUCCGAAGUCACCACCUGCCUUGUUGCCUCUAAAGAAAAUGUUCAGGUUGCACAGUCAAAUCUGACCAAGGACUGUUCUCUGAGGAAAAGCUUUGACAUGGGAGGAGAAACUCUGUUGUCUGUCAGUCCCAUGGUGCCGAAGGAUUUGGGCAAAUCUUUGUCUGUACAAAACCUGAUCAGGUCAACAGAAGAACUGAAUAUACAGUUUUCAGGGAGUGAGUCAAGUGGCUCCAGAGGCAGUCAAGAUUUUUACCCCAAAUGGAGGGAAUCCAAAUUGUUUAUAACUGAUGAAGAGGUGGGUCCUGAGGAGACGGAGACAGACACUUUUGAUACUGCGCUGCAGCCUGCCAGGGAAGCUACUUUUGCGUCAGACUCUUUAAGGACUGGAAGAUCACGAUCAUCUCAAAGCAUUUGUAAGGGAGGAGAAAGUACAGAUGCCCUCAGCUUGCCUCAUGUCAAACUGAAAUAAGUCCUUUGUUUUCUUUCUAGACAUAGCAAUUCCUUUAGCCAUACAUAUCAUUGCAUGAACUAUUUUGAAAGCCCUUCUAAAAAGUUGAAAUUGCAGUUAUCAGGGACAACAUGAAAGGUAGUUUGUAAGCCCGUUAUCUUUUAAUUGCAUGAAAAUGCAUGUUUAGGGAUGGCUGAAAUUCCAAGGUACAUCGACAUUAACCCACUCAUUUAGUAACGUACCUUGAGUGACAAAUUCUGAGAAACCAAACACUACUAAUGCUAGGGAGUGUAUGAAAAUGCCAAGAUUAGGUCAUUUAGAAGAUCUGACACUGUGUUUUGAAAUUAUGGGCGCGAGCACCUUCAAAUUUCAGGCAUUUCUGCUUUGUGGUUAAAUACAAAAUACAUUUUCAAAAUUAGGCCAUAAUGUAUAUUUAAACCCAAUGGCUACCAGCAGCUGCUAGCAAAGAAUCAAGUAAAGCAGAAUUUGGGAAUAAUAGAAAUGGCUGCUUAUUUCAAAAUAUAUUUGCCAACUCAUUCCUCUUCAGUCAUUUUAUUAUUAAUGUAAUUUGAAUGUCAAUUUGUGUGCUUUUGGUGAUUUAGUGCUGUGGCAAGCAGUUUUGCACAUCGUUUUCAUAUCGUUCUUUAAGAUGAGAAUGUUCUUCAAUUAGAAAUUGUGCAAAUAAUGAAAUUCAGGGCCAG